AUGUCGCUGAGGCGGACUUGCCGAGAGCUCGUUCUCGAGGUCGUUCUUCGCCGAGCACUGAAAGCAGGCGGAGAUGGCUUAGACCGGCUCCAGAUGGUGGUGGAUGCUGCAUCGCUUCGAGUGCUCAACUCGUUCCUGCGAAUGGGCGAUUUGCACUCCGAGGGUGUCACCAGCGUCGAGCUGCUGGAGGAGUCCCGAGAGCCUCUGCCUGGGCUGGAUGCGCUGUAUUUCCUGAGGCCGCAGGGUACAAGCAUCGAGCGGGUUCUAGCGGAUUUCAAGACAGCUCCGCAGCACCGACAGGUGCACCUCUGCUUCUCACAGCCGCUGGAAUCCACGCUCCUCUCCAAGCUGGUUGAGGCCCCCGUGCUGGCGCCGCGCGUGAAAUCUUUUGUGGAAGUGCCCCUGAGCUUCGUGGUUGUACAGGAUCGAGGCUUCCACUUCGACUCCCCAGAGGCGAUCAUGGGGCUUUUUCCAGAGCCUGAUGUGCAGCUGUUGUCAGACACGGUCCAGAAGCUGGUGGAUGUGUGCCGAUGCUUGCAGGCCACAUCGCCAGUGAUCCGAUUUCAAUCUGAGUUAUGCCAGGACGUGGCAGAAAGAGUUCAGCGCGAACUUAGUAUGCAUAAGAGCUUGACUACUCAGUCUCACAGCAAACCCUGCCAGCUACUUAUUCUUGACCGCUCGAUUGACAUGGCGGCGGCGCUCGUUCACGAAUACUCUUAUGAGGCCUGCGUCUUUGAUCUGCUCGACGGCAACAUGCUGGAUGCAGAUCGGAACAUUGUGACUCUGAACAGCGGAGGACACAGUAAGGAGGUGCUGUUGGCGGACCCCUUAUGGGAGGAGCUGAAGUAUAUGCACCUGGAGGCAGCGAGAGAGCUCGUCGAGGUCAAGGUGGAUGAAGUCAAGCGCCAGAAUGUGCAGCAGGACGCAACGGCGAUCAGCACCCGGGCAAUGCUGGAUCAACUGCGCGCAGCGCCUGAGAUGCGAGAUGCGGUCGACCGCAUGGCACUUCAUUUGGCGAUGAUCACGCAGAUCCACAGCCGCCUCAACUCGGAACAGAUCCUGGAGCCCCUUCUCCUGGGUCUGCUGGAGCAGGACUGCACUCCAAAGCAGAAUGCUCCCUUGCUCACGAGCCUCAUUGUCUCUGGGCUGGAUACAGGUGGUACAGGGCAUGAAAGGCGGAAGGCCCGAAGGCAGAUCCUGACGAAGACGACCGCUCACGCCCCAUUUCUCGCAACACAUCGCACCCCCGAGCCAGACCGAUUACAGCCUGGGCCCGUGUUCUUUUUCUCUACCGUGCAGGACAUUGCCUGUGGAAUCGAUCGUUCUGGCAAGGAUGUAAAGAUCACAAAUCUCCAGACAACCUUGCAGAGGAGUUGCAAAUGA